GUGUGUCAGUAACAGAUAAAGCAGAGAGCAGACUCUCUGUCAGAUCUCACGUUCUUCUCUUGUAGAAUAGACCAGUCUCACCUGCAGGACUGAUCCCAGAUAUGAGGCUCUGUUCCUGGGCUGGAGCUCUGCGUCUCCUGCCUGUCCUGGUCCUCCUGACUGUCCUCCAUGUCAAAGCGGACCAGCAGCAAACCAAGGAGAGACACUAUUACAUCGCUGCUGUGGAGAUAGACUGGGACUACUCCGGCAAUGGAGCACACAGGUCUGGUCCCACCUAUAAGAAAGUGGUCUUCAGGGAAUAUGACAAAGACUUCAGACAGGCGAAGACUCAUCCCCCCUGGUUAGGUCUGCUGGGACCCACGCUGAGGGCCGAGGAGGGAGAAACCAUUGUCGUCACUUUCAGAAACAUGGCCUCUGAACCACACAGCAUCCACCCACACGGGGUCUCUUAUGGGAAACAGUCGGAGGGAGCUAACUACUUUGACAACACGUCACAGAAAGAGAAGGAGGACGACUUUGUGCAUCCCAACAGUGAACACGUUUACUACUGGGAGGUGACCUCAGAGGUCUCUCCACAGCAGCAGGACCCCACCUGCCUCACCUACACCUACAUCUCACACAAGAACGUGGUGGAGGACUACAACACGGGCCUCAUUGGAGCUUUACUCGUCUGCAAGCCUGGCAGUCUGGAUGAGACGGGGCAUCAGAUCGGCGUCCACCAUGAGUACGUCUUCCUGUUUGGGGUUUUUGAUGAAAGAGAGAGCCAGUACAAACAGAAAGGCUACGGCGACCACGUCAAGUACACCAUCAACGGAUACACCAUGGGAGCGCUGCCUGAUGUCAGCAUGUGUGCCUACGCCCCUGUUAGCCUGCACCUGGUGGGGAUGAGCUCCGAGCCCGAGGUGUUCUCGGUGCAUAUGAACGGUCAGGUGCUGCAGCAGACCGGACACAAAGUGUCGUCAGUGGGCCUCAUCAGCGGCUCCACCGCCACCGCCACCAUGGUGGCGCUGCACCAGGGCCGCUGGCUGCUCUCCUCUCACACCGUCAAACACAUGGAGGCUGGCAUGCAUGGUUUUGUGGAGGUGAAGGAGUGUGAGGACUUUAAAGCUCCCCGGAGGAGGAUGACCAUAGAAGAGAAAAGAUUCAGCAAGGAGUGGACGUACUACAUCGCUGCAGAGGAGGUGAUCUGGGACUACGCUCCUAACGCGCUGGAACACAUGGACGACGACUUUAAGCUCCAGUACCUCAGACAGUCCUCGACACGCAUUGGGAAGAGGUACAAGAAGGCCGUGUACGUGCAGUACAAGAACGCCUCGUUCACUGAAAAGUUAGAGUCCAAGCAGAAGAAGAAUGAGAUCGGGAUCCUGGGCCCCGUGAUCAAAGCUCAGAUCAGAGACGUCAUCAAGAUAGUUUUUAAGAACAAGGCCUCCAGACCGUACAGCAUCUAUCCACAUGGACUGACCAUAGCCAAGCAGGACGAGGGAGUGAACUACCCAGCAGGAGGCAACCAGUCCCAUGGCGUCCAGCCCGGUGAGACACACACCUACAUAUGGAGAGUAGAGAACGAGGACGAGCCUUCUGACACAGACGCUCGAUGUCUGACACGACUGUACCACAGCGCCGUGGACACGCCACGGGACAUCGCCUCAGGGCUGAUCGGACAAAUACUCAUCUGCAAGGGGCGCUCCCUCGAUGUCAGGGGGGUGCAGCUGAAAGCAGACAAGGAGCAGCAUGCCAUGUUCGCCGUGUUCAAUGAGAACAAGAGUUGGUACUUGGGCGACAACAUUCGGCAAUACUGUGAUCGAUCCAGAGUCAACAGGGAAGACCCCGAGUUUUAUAAGUCCAACGUCAUGCACACGAUUAACGGUUAUGUGUUUGAGAGCGGCCCAGUCUUGGGCUUCUGCAACGGUGAGAUUGCAACGUGGCACGUGUCCAGCAUCGGAGCUCAGGACCACAUCCAGACCGCCACUUUCUACGGACAUCCGUUUGAGCUGCACGGCCGGACGGAGGACUACCUCAGCCUCUACCCCAUGACGGGAGAGACCAUCACCAUGAACAUGGACAACAUCGGUGUCUGGCUCUUGGCUUCCCUGAACUCCCACGAGACGACCAAAGGAAUGCGAGUGAAGUUUCGGGAUGUCGAGUGUUAUCGUGACCGCCUGUAUGAAUACUACGACGACGAUGAUCGAACAGAGCUAAAAGAAUUCACCGUGUGGAACCCUAUGACCCUGGAGGAAAUCAGGAAGGAGGACGAGGAGAAGCCCGAACCUGAGAAAAAGAACAAAAAGACGGAGGAGUUCGACAUGUACACAGAAUUGUUUGCAGAUGAGUUAGGGCUCAGGUCUCUGAAGAACCAGUCUGGAGCCUCAAGUGUGGAGCAGCUGGACCUCUCUUUCCUCGACUAUGAUGCUGUUGAUGUUCCUAACGGCGAUAUGAAUGUUACCCUCAAUUUCAAAGAGACAGUGAAUAAAAAUGAGACUUCUACUCCAGAGCCAAACGCAUUAAAUGAGACAUUAUUAUUAAAUGGAACAGGAGUAAACGGAGUAAACCGUACAGCAGAUAACCAAAGCAUCAGUGAGAACACAACACUUAUAGACAGCAGCACGACAUCAACCUUUGACAAUUCCUCCAUGCAUAAAACAGAGAAUACAAGCAUUAUUCACAGCCCAAAUAUAAAGAAUGAGAACAUCAUUACAAAUAUCAAUGCUUCUGUCUCAGAUCUUGAUAAUGUUACAGUGUCUGAGAACACAACAGCUCACAAUGCUACGGGAGGGAAUGCAACCACAGAGAUGACCAAUCUAAUGGUGACUUUGAGAGAAAACUCAAGUUCCAUCUUGACUGAAAAAGUGAAUGAAACUCUGACUGCUGAUAAUCAGACUUCUGUGGCGGAGGAGGAGGAGGAGGAGCUCACCAGAGGAGACACGUUUCCUACUCCUCUAUCCAACUCCAGCACCGACGAGCCUGAAGGCAACACCACCUCUCUGUCACAUAAUGCAACAAAGCAUGAUGAGAAUAAAACUGCAGCUAAUAAUGUUUCAGCAGGUGGAACAAACUGUUCGUUGUCUAUCCCAGCGGCUGAUGCUGACCAGGCUAACAUGAGCAACUUCCCCAUCGUAGAGCUGGAGGUGGAGAACAACAAAACCAGUGACAAUGACUCUCUGAGUGCAGCUGCAGAGCCAAAGUAUCAAACUAAUUCCUCUGAAACUGUGAUUAUUAUUCCCGCCAUCAGCCUUGAAAACGUAACACACGAUUUGCUGGAAUCUAAGCCCAUACAGGAUGCCACAGGGAAUAUUCCCAUGUCAGAUUCAUCAGAGGAGAUUGGUUUAGAUAUUGGGGCGAAUAUCACACUCCUUCCUGGUGAGAUUCUGCAGAAAAAUGUCUCCAGUGAGACAAACCUGUCCCUCUCCAGCGAUGUGGGAAAAAAGAACAUUUCUGAGGCUCUGACUGCCACGUACAGCGAGGAAGAAGUGCACAUAUACCUGACAGGAAACAGCACACACGGCGUUAAAACCACGUCUGUGAAAACACAGAGCCACAACUGGACUUAUGAGGCAACUCACAACCUGGAAGCUGCAGAGAUUCCUGACUAUAUGCUCAAGUAUUUGGGGAAAGGAACCCCUAAAACGACGCCCGCACCCAGAAAGAAAACCAGAACGGUUUCCUACCAACAGAAGCCGCUGAAGGGCCAGGGCAUGAAAACCAAGAGGAGGAAGGAGUACAAGCCUCAGGUCCGGAGCGGCUUACCGUUCUCUCCUCGUGGGUUCAACCCCGCCAUGACCCCACGCGGGUCGCGACCCCUCUCCCCGCAGCCCGUCUCCGAUGAGAAGGAGCUCUUCAACGAGCCGGUGGUCAUCGGCGUGCCCCGGCCUGAUUUCAGCGACUACGAGCUGUACGUUCCCGGGGACGAACCGGAUCAUUUCACGCCGGAGGAGGAGAACCUGAGUGAGAAUGAUUAUGAGUAUGUGACCUACAUCGACCCCUACAGCAGCCAUGAAGACGUCAAGAAUCUGAACCUGGAUGAAACCAACAAAUACUACUUGAAACUAUCAGGCGGCAAUUCCAAGACCUAUUUCAUCGCUGCAGAGGAGGUUUCAUGGGACUAUGGAGGCUACGGACAGAGGAGGCUCGACAAGCAACUCAACAGCAGAGAAACUAAGUUCACCAAGGUGGUGUUCAGAGGUUACCUGGACAGCAGCUUCAGCACGCCGGACAUCCGCGGAGAGAUAGACGAACAUCUGGGCAUCCUGGGGCCGGUCAUCAAGGCCGAGGUCGGACAGAGCAUCGUGGUGGUGUUCAAGAACAAAGCCAGCCGUCCGUUCUCCUUACACCCGAACGGCGUUGCUUACAAAAAGCACACGGAGGGUCUGUCCUACGAGGACGAGUCCAAGCACUGGUUCAAAUACGACAACGAGGUCAAGCCCAACACCUCCUUCACCUACAUAUGGACGGUCAACUCUAUGGUCGGGCCGCUGCAGGACGAGUCUUCCUGUCGGACCUGGGCCUACUACUCAGGCGUUAAUCCUGAGCGGGAUAUCCACUCCGGCUUGAUCGGGCCUCUGCUGGUGUGCCGGGAGGGAACCCUGGAUAAAGAAAUACCUGACAUGAGGGAGUUCACGCUGCUUUUUAUGACCUUCGAUGAGUCUCAGAGCUGGUACUACGAGGAGAACCGAGAGAGGAUGCAGAGGAAAAGCAGAAGGAGAACUUUGGACCCCAACUUCGCGGAGAAGCUCAAGUUCCACUCCAUCAAUGGUAUCAUCUUCAGCCUGAAGGGCCUGAGGAUGUACACCAACCAGCUGGUGUGUUGGCACCUGAUCAACAUGGGUUCUCCCAAAGACUUCCAGAGCAUCCACUUCCACGGACAGACGUUCCUCCACAAGAAGAUCAGCAGCUACAGACAGGCGGUCCACCCACUGCUGCCUGGAAGCUUUACUACUCUGGAGAUGUAUCCGUCCAAACCGGGCCUGUGGCAGCUGGAGACUGAAGUUGGUUUCAACCAGCAGAAGGGCAUGCAGACUCUGUUCCUGGUUCUGGAUCAUGACUGCUACCGUGAGCUGGGUUUAGAAUCGAGCAGCGUGAAAGACGACCAGAUCACAGCCAUCAACACCAGAGGAUACUGGGAGCCCAAACUUGCCAGAUUAAACAAUCUAGGAAAAUACAACGCCUGGAGCACCGAGCAGAACCACAGCUGGAUCCAGGUGGACUUCCAGCGGCCGGUGGUGAUCAGCCAGGUGGCCACGCAGGGAGCACGGGAGAUGUUCUACACCCAGUUUGUGAGAAAAUACUGGAUCUCCUACAGCACGGACCGCAGGAAGUGGUUCUUCUACAAGGGGGACAGCAGGGACCUGAGGAAGUUUUUCUCUGGAAACGUUGAAGCCUUUGAGACAAAGAAAAACACCUUUUUCCCUCCUGUGAUCGCGCGGUUCAUCCGGCUGCACCCCAUCGACUGGUACAACAAGGCCACGGUCCGCAUGGAGUUCUACGGCUGUGAGCUCGAUGGCUGCUCGGUGCCUCUGGGGCUGGAGAGCAGCGAGAUAGAGGACCACCGGAUCACCGCCAGCUCCACCGCCACCAGCUGGUACUCUGGACCCUGGAGACCCUCGCUAGCUCGCCUCAACAAGCAGGGCACCAUCAACGCAUGGCAGGCCAAGUACGGGGACAUGAACCAGUGGCUGCAGGUGGAGCUGCCCCAGGUGAAGAAGAUCACCGGCAUCGUGACUCAAGGAGCCAAGUCUCUGGGUAAAGAGAUGUACGUCUCCUCCUACAACGUGAUGCACAGCCACAACGGCGUGCACUGGAGCCCGUAUACCGACGACGAGAGCGUCACGUCCAAGACAUUUUUUGGGAAUAAGGACAACAACGACCACGUGAGGAAUUAUAUCUACCCUCCUAUUUUCACCCGCUUCAUCCGAAUCAUCCCGAGGACCUGGGUCAACUCCAUCACCAUGAGGAUAGAACUACUGGGCUGUGACUUUGAGUGAUGAUCCAUCAGAAACACUGAAACACCCCCAGAUAUAUGCAGACAAACUGUCAAAUAUGGAGGAUAUUAGAUGCAUAAUAGUACUAAAUCACAGCCCAACAUUUAUAUCUUAGUCCAUUUGUUAAACUGUCUUAUUUGCAAAGUGCAAAAUGUUUUAUUAUACAAUCAUAUCAAAGAAAUGAAACACCAGCAGUCACUGAUAAAAAAGUCGGUAACACUUUACAAUAGCCAUCUAAGUGAUGUUUAUUUGUGUGAUAAGUGAUAAUUAUUAUUAACCAUUUACAAAAUUCCAUACAUAUUUAAUCUUUAAAUGUUUUCAAGCAAUUUCUUAAAGGUAUAUGAAUCAAUUUUAAAUCAUUUACAUACUUAAUAUGGUGUUAAAAAUGUUAUAAUGAGUGUAAAGCUAUUAAUAAAUGAAUAAUUAUGUUUGUUUAUGGUAAAGUAAUCUAUUUGGCAUUUAUAAAUUAUAGUUCAACAUUAUUACAUUUUCUAUUCACCAUUCUAAAUGGCCUAUAUACGGUUUAUAAAUGAUGAUUAAACAUUAAUAAACUAUCUGUUUACCAUUUAUAAAUGGUCUAUUUACCAUCUAUAAAUGAUGGUUAUUGUAAAGUGUUACCAAAAAGUCUUCUAAUUUUUUGUUACAGAUAGAAUACAUUAAUCUGCACAAUCUCAAUAUGUAAUCUUAAUAUUAUACAAAUAUAUGGCUGGUUAAAAUGUGUUAAGUUAUGUUUGAGUCACCCUAACCCUAUUGUCAAUAUUUUUUUCUGUUUUUGAAAUACUAGUUGCAUUUAGAAGCUGCUGUAUGACAUUUUGACCAACAGAAAUUAUUAGAAAUUGAUGUAAAUAUGUAAGUAGAGAUCAGGUAAUUUAUUUUUCAAUAAAUAUGAUUUUUAUUGUUAUUUUUCAGUGCAUGAAUGAAUGGAUUGUGUUUGUCUUGGUAUGCUGAGUAUGUGAGCACUGAUAUCUUCUCAUGGUGUCCCGGACGUGUCACUUUUAGCACCUCUGCAGAGGCUGGGCCCCCUCGUGCAGCAGCACCUCAGGGCCUGCAGAGUCAACAGACACGUGCAGCUGCAAACACAUGGCAUGUUGAUCCUGGUGCUGAUCAUGUUAGAGUGAGCACUGGAGGUGUGAACGUCUCAGCAUGGCUGAUCUGUGAAGGGAAAUAAACUCAUUGAUGCUUUAUUGGACAACUGGCU